AUGAAAAAGGCAAAAAAUACUGGUGUUGACCAAGGUUUAAUACCAGGCGAUUUCGGAAGAGCAAACAUAUCAGCAACAACGAAUAGCUACAACAUUUUUGGGAACGAUAAUUUCAGUGGUUACGGUAAACAGUCAGCAAUUGCGCAAGUGAAGAACAUCUGGAGCUGUGACAGCAACGACAAUCAGGUUCCAGUUCCGGAUAUAGUGCCGCAAAAUUUUCCAGAGAUUGGGAUUUUCUCUCGUAAAGUGUUUAUUGGUGGGCUUCCACCUGAUGUGACCGCUGACCUAAUUUCUUUGUUCUUCGAACAGUUUGGAGCAAACGAAGUUGACUGGCCCCAUCGCAAAUGUACUGGAAGUGAUACCCCGCCAAACGGAUAUGCUUUUGUGGUUUUCAUCAGCGACCGUUCUGUCGAAUAUUUAGUUAGCCGAUGCAUUUACAAGCAGGGAAGACUGAAUAUUGUUUUGAAAAAUGGCAAAAAAGAUGUUAAAGUGGUGCAGGUGAGACCUUGGGUUCUUAGCGAUCAAGUAUACCAUGUGACGGGCGAACCGUUACUAUCUGAUCGAUAUUCCGUUUUUAUCGGUGGUGUACCGCGUACAACAACUGCAUCGGAACUGGCAAUGCUACUCCAGCAGGCUAUUGGUGACAUCGCAUAUGUUUCGUUAGAAGUCGACGCUGAUACAAAGUAUCCAAAAGGAGCAGCGCGGGUGAUUUUCAAUAGUCGUGAAUCCUACCUUACAGCGAUUGCAAUGCGCUUGAUAACAUUAACGACAACUGAUCAGGUCAAAGAAGUAGAGAUAAAGCCAUAUUUGAUGGAUGGUGCUCAGUGCGAGAUGUGCAACCUUUCUGAUUCUCGAUAUUUAUGUCCGGAACUUUGCUGCCUCAUGUAUCUGUGCGAACCAUGCUGGACUGAUGUGCACAAACGACGCGGUUUGCUACAUCACAGGCCAAUGACCAAAGCAAAACCAGGAAGUCCAAUGCGAAGCAUUUCGAACUGUGUCACUGCAUUUCCUUUCUUGAAUCCACCCGUGGAUCAUUUGAAUCACAAUCAAAACAGUCUUCGUUCAAGUAAUCAGCAGCAACUAUGUCAUUGCAGAGUACGUGAAGCACUUCCAUUCCAGCAUUUGUUGCAGCAGUACGUUUUGCAAGCGAACCUUUCACUACGUCAUCCUCCAUUCAUUUGA